AUGGAGAGACCAAAACCGAGUAAGUGGAAGAACACAUCAGAGUCUUUCUUGUGUCCACGGUUCUUCUUGAGCUCCUGUGGCAACCUAUAUUUCCCACGAGCUGUCAUAGCUAUGAAAGGUAAGUGGAAGUCAGUGUCGAGAGCUAUGGUGGAAAAAGGCUUCUCUGUUCCUCCGCAACAGUGCGAAGACAAGUUCAAUGACUUGAACAAAAGAUACAAAAGAGUCAACGACAUUCUCGGGAAAGGGACAAGAAGAGCAAGAAGAGGAGGAGAGGGGCCGUGA